ACCUACCUACCAUGGACCCGCGAAUCAGCGCUUACAUAAACUUGAAUAAAAUCAAAAUCUAAUAGCUAUAAAUAAUAAAAAAAUGUCGUGAUAGAUUAUAUUCUGUUGGUGGAUCUCUUUAAAGCAAAGAUUACCUAAGAGCAGCUAUCAGUAGAGAUCCGAGUGCAAGUCUGAGCAGAGAUACAGAGCAAGAGCUAUGGCAAUGGCAAGGGGCAGCCUUCAGACAUUUCAUUGCAGCUGGAAGACGCUGGAUCAAAAUCCUGCGCCACUUCACCCGAAAUCGAUGCCAUGUUUGCCCAGAUUAGGCCUUCAAUCGUGUAAGUUUUUAUCUUGCGGGCAGAGGCUGGGUGCAGGGAAAACGAGAGUGAAUGUUCCCGUUUUAAGGAGGAGGAUUUGUCCUCAAGCAGUGGCAUCUGACAUGCAGUCGAAGCCCACUGUUUUGGUGGCUGAGAAACUGGGAGAAGCAGGGCUGGAGCUGCUUCGAAGCGUGGCCAAUGUGGACUGCUCAUAUAACUUAUCUCCGGAAGAGCUGUGCACGAAAAUAUCUCUGUGUGAUGCGCUGAUCGUGAGGAGCGGAACGAAGGUGACACGAGAUGUGUUCGAGAGUUCGAAUGGAAGGCUUAAAGUGGUGGGGCGUGCUGGGGUGGGGAUAGAUAAUGUGGAUCUGCAGUCGGCUACCGAGUUUGGCUGUUUAGUGGUGAACGCACCGACUGCUAACACUGUGGCGGCGGCGGAGCAUGGGAUUGCUCUCUUGGCUUCCAUGGCUAGGAAUGUACCCAUGGCUGAUGCUUCCAUGAAAGCAGGCAAGUGGCAACGGAACAAGUAUGUAGGUGUCUCUCUAGUUGGGAAGACACUUGCAGUCAUGGGUUUUGGAAAGGUUGGGUCAGAAGUUGCUCGGCGUGCUAAAGGUCUGGGGAUGAAUGUUAUUGCACAUGAUCCAUAUGCCCCUGCUGAUCGAGCGCGAGCCAUUGGUGUUGAUUUGGUAUCAUUUGAUGAAGCUAUAGCUCUUGCCGAUUUUAUUUCAUUACAUAUGCCAUUAACUCCUGCCACAGACAAGAUAUUUAAUGAUGAAGCUUUUGCCAAGAUGAAGAAGGGGGCACGCAUAGUAAAUGUUGCUAGGGGUGGUGUUAUUGAUGAAGAGGCACUGGUCAGGGCACUUGAUAGUGGGAUUGUAGCUCAGGCUGCAUUAGAUGUAUUCACAGAGGAGCCUCCAGCCAAAGACAACAAGUUAGUGCAGCAUCAAAAUGUUAUAGUCACACCUCACCUUGGAGCAAGCACAACAGAAGCACAGGAAGGUGUGGCUGUAGAAAUUGCUGAGGCUGUUGUUGGAGCCCUGAAAGGUGAGCUUGCAGCAACAGCUGUUAAUGCGCCCAUGGUUCCUGCUGAGGUUCUUUCAGAGCUUGCUCCCUAUGUGGUGUUGGUAGAAAAGCUGGGUAGACUUGCAGUACAGCUGGUAGCAGGUGGCAGUGGCGUGAAACUUGUGAAAGUGUCCUAUGCCUCCGCAAGAGCUAGUGAUGACUUGGACACAAGAAUACUUCGUGCCAUGAUUAUUAAGGGAAUUAUCGAGCCCAUCUCUAGUUCAUUUGUGAAUCUGGUAAAUGCAGACUUUGUUUCAAGACAGAGAGGUUUGCGGCUGAGUGAAGAAAGAAUCCAGCUUGAUAGUUCUCCUCAAGAACCUCUUGAGUCGAUACAAGUACGAAUUGCAAAUGUUGAAUCCAAAUUUGCCAGUGCUAUUUCAGACAGUGGAGAUAUCACUGUCGAAGGAAAAGUUAAGGAUGGAAUCCCUCAUCUUUCCAAGGUUGGUACUUUCAGUGUUGAUGUAAGUCUGGAGGGAAGUGUCAUUCUUUGCAGACAAAUUGACCAACCUGGUAUGAUUGGGGCAGUCGGCAAUAUUCUGGGUGAGGAAAAUGUAAAUGUUAACUUUAUGAGUGUUGGAAGGAUUGCUCCUAGAAAUCAGGCUGUCAUGGCAAUAGGAGUGGAUGAGGAGCCAAGCAAGAAGUCGCUCAAGAGAAUUGGUGAGAUUCCAGCCAUUGAGGAAUUUGUCUUUCUCAAGUUAUAGGAUCAUGCAUAGUUACCAGGAGACAUGAGGUACCAGUACCAGUAUGGGGACGUGGAUGACAAUCAAAUUAGGGUACGCAAGUAAAUGAGCAAGGAUACAGCUAUUUUAUACGUAAAUGUAAUCGCCGGAAAUUGUGGGUGCGUGGAUGGGUAUGUGGUCCAUGUUCCUAUAAUGGAGUUCCCAAGCAACUAUGGUUUUUUGUUUGCCUGCUUAGUUUUUGUUCAACAUUCUUGUUAGUAGAAAGUCUAAUAAUUUGGCAUCUGGGAAGUUUCUACAAGGCCCAAUUUUCUGCUGCCAAGGGUUUUCCUACAUAUUCCCUGAGUUUUUGUUUUGCAAAAGUUUCAUUCCUGCUGAUAAAAUAAGAAGUAACAUUGUUAGAUUGAUUUGUUUCCA